AUGAAUUAUUGGACUAAUACUACUAAUGCUAAUGGUGCAUCUGCUACUAUGAGUCACUCUCAUUCAUCAUUACCACAACAACAACAACAACAUCACCAUUCUUUACUGUCAAGUAAAGAUUACGAAAGAACUUUAUUACAUCCUUUAACAAAUAAUAAUUCAAAUGGUACAAUUACAAAUACACCAAGAAAUGGUUACUCUUCAUAUGGUGUGAAUUUGCAAAUCCCUUCACCACAUGAUGAUAACGCUGCUACUACUUCUAAUAAUUUAAUUCAACAACAAAGAUUUUUCCCACAAUCUCAAUCUCCACAUUAUCAGUAUCAGCAAACUUUACCUAGAUUAUAUCAAACAAAUUCAAAUAUGGUUCCACCGAUUAUUCAUGAUGAUAUAAAUAAUAGUAAUAAUAUUACUUAUCAAAAUAACAAUGAUAAAAAUAAUUUAUUACCAAUGAGGUUAAACAGUAAUAAUAGUGUGGUUGGUAAUUCAUCACUUUAUAAUCAUCAUCCUACUUCUAACACUGCAGCAACUAAUGCUGCAGCUGCAGCUGCAUCUUCUUCAUCUUCUUCACCUUUCCUUUAUCAUUGGCGUUCACAAUCACAAAAUGGUACAUCACCUUCAUCAAUUUCAUCACCUUCCUCUUCAUCAUCAUCUGCUUCAUCAACUGCAAAUAAUAAUAUUCAACAUUCACCAUUAUAUCAAAUGUCUAUUCAAAAUCAACAACCAUUAUACAAAGUACCAUUUAUUGCUACUUCUGUACCAUCAUCCUCGACUACAUCAUCAUCAUCGGUCAAUGGAACUGGUCACAUAAAGACUCAAUUACCAAUGUUACAACAUAAUCAACAUAGACAAAAUAGUUAUCCACCAAGAUCAAGUGUUACAACAAUAAAUGGUAAAAAUAUUGUUAAUGUAUUAAACCAUAAUAAUAUUCUUCAUCAUCCUCAUAAUCAAAAUAUUCGUUUACGUACUAAUGGUAGUUUAUCUCAUCAACAUACAACCACGAAUAAUUUCAACAAUAAUUCAUUAAAUCGUCGUGUUGAGGAAUCAAAUUCAAUGGUUCAUAUUCAUGGUUGUCAUCUUUGUGAAAAAUCUUUUAAAAGAAAAUCUUGGUUAAAGAGACAUUUAUUAUCACAUUCUGCUGAAAGACAUUUCUUAUGUCCUUGGUGUUUAUCAAGACAUAAGAGAAAAGAUAAUUUAUUACAACAUAUGAAAUUAAAACAUAGUACAUAUUUAUUAGAUGAAUUAAAAAAUCAUAGUGUAACCUUUCAUUGGGAAAAAUCCACUAGUACUAAUCAUAUCAACAACAUUCAUAACAUAAAAUUAGAUCAAUCAAAUGGUCCAAAUUGUAACAAUAAUAAUAAUAACAACAUCAAAACAUUGUUAAAUGAAGGUGUAUUAAACAAAGAAGAUGUUAAAAGAGUCCUAAACAAAUUAAUUGACCAAAAUAAUGCAUAA